CCACAUAUGAUACAUCAAUCUAAGUUCUAAUGUGAAAAAAGCAACCAGAAAAAAUGUUGUUUAAUCAGUUUCUCUUCACUUCCUUCUUGCUAUUUCUCUUCUUCCUCUUCGGUUUCGCAUCAUCGGCAACUUUGCCAACCCAAGAAGAGGAGGCUUUUAAAGUUGCACUAACCACAUUGAAAAAGACUAAUAUUGAUUUAAAUACGGAUCCAUGCGAAGUCUCAUCUACUGGAAGUGAAUGGUCAACCAUCAGCAGGUGGAAAGACCUAGUAACUUGUGACUGCUCCUUCGUUAAUGGAACCAUUUGCCACAUUACCAAAAUAAAUUUGAAGAGAGAAAAUCUUCAAGGGUCUCUUCCCAAAGAGUUUGUGGGACUUCCUUUACUGCAAGAGAUUGAUCUCUCAAGAAACUAUCUCAAUGGUUCCAUCCCUCCCGAAUGGGGAGUCUUGCCACUUGUCAACAUAUCGCUUCGUGGAAAUCGAUUAACGGGUCCAAUCCCUAAGGAAUUUGGAAACAUUACAACUCUUACUAGCCUUGUCUUGGAAGCCAAUCAACUUUCAGGAGAAUUACCUCUUGAGCUCGGGAAUCUACCAAACAUUCAACAAAUGAUUCUUAGCUCGAAUAACUUCAAUGGAAACAUUCCAUCUACAUUUGCAAAACUAACCACCUUGAGAGAUUUUCGUGUAAGUGACAACCAGUUUUCAGGAACAAUUCCAGAUUUCAUCCAAAAAUGGAUUAAACUUGAGAGACUGUUUAUUCAAGCAAGUGGUUUAGUUGGACCAAUUCCCAUUUCCAUUGCUUCUCUCGUAGAGUUAAAAGACUUGAGAAUCAGCGAUUUGAAUGGACCCGAAUCUCCAUUUCCACCGUUAAGGAACAUAAAAAAGAUGGAGACAUUAAUUCUUAGGAACUGCAAUCUAACAGGAGACUUACCUGCGUAUCUUGGAACUAUUACCUCCUUAAAGCUCUUAGAUCUUAGCUUCAAUAAAUUAAGUGGAGUCAUCCCUAACACUUAUGUUAAUCGUAGCGACGGAGGUUACAUAUAUUUUACAGGAAACAUGUUAAACGGGUCGGUUCCAAAUUGGAUGGUAAAUAAAGGAUAUAAAAUUGAUCUUAGUUACAACAAUUUCUCAGUAGAUCCAACCAAUGCCGUAUGCAAGAAUAAUGCACUUUCAUGCAUGAGAAACUACCAGUGUCCUAAAACUUUCAAUGGUCUUCAUAUAAACUGUGGUGGAGAUGAAAUGUCUAUCAAUGGGACAAUAUAUGAAGCUGAUAAGUAUGAUAGACUGGAGAGUUUAUACGAAAGUCGAAAUGGGUGGUUCUCAAGCAACGUAGGAGUCUUCGUAGACGAUAAACAUGUUCCCGAGAGAAUAACCAUCGGGUCUAACUCAUCUGAGCUCAAUGUGAGGAAGCUCGAGGUUAAAGAUUUCAAUAUCGCUGAGGCGGCAAAAGGUGUUGGAAACGUUGUUAUUAAGACAUUUCCGGUCGAGGUAACAAACGGAAAGUUGGAGAUACAAUUGUAUUGGGCCGGGAAAGGAACUACAGUCAUUCCCAAAAAACGUGUUUAUGGUCCUCUCAUAUCUGCUAUAUCAGUGGAUCCAAAUUUCAAUCCACCACCUAGAAAUGGUAUGAGUACUGGUACUCUCCAUGCAUUGGUAGUGAUGGCAUGCAUUUUCAUUGUGUUUGCCGUACUUGGAAUUCUAUGGAAAAAAGGUUGCUUGAGAUCGAAAAGCCAAAUGGAAAGAGAUUUCAAAAGUUUGGAACUCAUGAUUGCUUCUUUCUCGUUGAGGCAAAUCAAAAUCGCUACAAACAACUUUGAUUCUGCAAAUAGAAUUGGAGAAGGUGGCUUUGGUCCUGUAUACAAGGUGGAGGUAUUGAGGGAGCAGAAUAAUCUCUUGGAACUUGUGGAUCCAAGACUAGGAUCAGAUUACAACAGAGAAGAAGCAAUGACAAUGAUCCAAAUUGCGAUAAUGUGUACAAGCUCAGAGCCUUGUGUUAGACCAUCAAUGUCAGAAGUUGUGAAGAUGUUGGAAGGUAAGAAGAUCGUGGAGUUGGAGAAGCUUGAGGAAGCUUCAGUCCAUAGAGAAACAAAGAGACUUGAAAACAUGAACACGAUGAAGAAGUAUUACGAAGUGAUAGGGCAAGAGAUAAGUACAAGCAUGAGCAUGAUCAUGAGUGAUCGUAGUGAAUCAUCAGCAGAUCAUUAGCAGUUGUGUAAAAUAACAUAUGAAGAUGGAA